AAAGGCGAAGAUAUGGAGAUUUUUGGAAAAGUGAUAACAACAUUGAUGAGUCUCAUGAUCAUGGCUAUGUGCAAGAGUGUGGAUGGUUAUAGUAGUGGUUGGGUCAAUGCUCGAGCCACAUUCUAUGGCGGUGCUGAUGCUUCUGGCACCAUGGGCGGUGCGUGUGGAUACGGUAACUUAUACAGUCAAGGAUACAACACGAACACGGCGGCACUAAGCACGGCCCUCUUUAAUGGCGGCCAAAGCUGCGGCGCUUGUUUCCAGAUCAAAUGUGUUAAUGAUCCAAAAUGGUGUCUCCGGGGAACAAUCACCGUCACCGGAACAAACUUUUGUCCGCCGAACUUUGCUCAAGCCAACGACGCCGGAGGUUGGUGCAAUCCUCCCCAACAUCACUUCGAUUUAGCUCAGCCCAUCUUUCUCCGCAUCGCUAAAUAUAAAGCCGGUGUCGUCCCCGUCCAAUACCGGAGAGUGGCUUGCCGGAGAAAAGGAGGGAUGCGUUUCACGAUCAACGGACACUCGUACUUCAACCUCGUACUCAUAACCAACGUCGGCGGCGCCGGAGAUGUUGUUUCCGUCUCCGUCAAAGGAACAAGGACAGGUUGGCAAAGCAUGUCGAGAAACUGGGGGCAGAACUGGCAAAGCAACGCGAAUCUCGACGGCCAAGCUCUCUCCUUCAAAGUAACAACCAGCGAUGGCCGUACAGUCGUUUCCAACAACGCUACUCCUCCUAACUGGAGUUUCGGACAGACUUACACCGGAAAACAGUUCCGAGUUCAGAGUAAUUCGCAAUAUACGGAUUUAAAUUCGGAUGAUGAUACAUCUGCAACGUUACCACAGACUACUAGGCUACAUAUCAUGGUUAUUUGUUUUGUUUCUUUGAUUUAUUUGUUGUAAGUCCUAAAAUGUCUGGC